AUGAACGUUUCCAACUCCUCUUCUAAUUCACGAGACCUCAAACAAGGACGUCGUCAUCAAUCCUUGGUGGAACCACAACCCAUUGCUUCCUGUGUGUCCCAGGGCGCAGAAGUCUUGGACUCUUCGUCCUCCUCCUCUUCCCAACCAACGGAAGACGAUGCGAUUAUUGCAGCUCCGGAACCCACCAACGACCGGGCCAACCAGCAAGAGUCUCCCGCGGAAAUCCCAGUAGGUAAUGGUGAGAAUGAGCAAGACAAUGACGAGGAAGAAGAUCAGGACGAUGAUGAUGCUUCUGAAUAUUCCUACGAAGACGAUGAAGAUGCUGCCUUUUCAGGGUUUCUUUCAGCUCCUGCAGCUGCAAGUCACUCUUCUGCUGCUCCAGCCAACAGCGCUUCUUCUUCUUCUGCUAACAUUGUCGAGGAGGACACAGUCGUCCCUAAUGUAGCAGCUGCUGCCGACGCAAAGAAGAAGUGGAAAGAACCCACUCGCGAGGCGGUCAGCAUGUCGCUUCGGGCACAAAAAGAAACCUCUGGCAGCAAGCGUCGGCUUGCCCAGGAUUUGUAUCGAAUCAUGAACCAAGAUACUAAGGAUGCUGGAUUCUCUCUAGCACCACAGUCGGAAGAUGCCAUGGAUAAAUGGACUAUCAAACUAUUUCAGUUUGAUAAGGAUUCCAAUCUAGCAAAGGAUAUGCUCGUCUUGGGACAAAAUCAUGUGGAACUUGAAAUGAAGUUCCCCGAUCAAUAUCCUUUUGCGCCUCCAUUUGUCAGAGUGGUCAAACCCAGAUUCAAGAAACAAACUGGAUUCGUCAUGAAUGGGGCUCUUUGUAUGGAACUACUCACAAACGAUGGUUGGAAUCCAAUCAAUGAUAUUGAGAGUGUCAUUGUCUCGGUGCGAUCACUCUUGGUGGUUGGUGAUGGCCGUCUGCAAGCGGCUUCAGAACUCUCCAAGAAAAGGUAUGAAGCGCUACUCGAAGCUGCUUCUGGGGAAUCAUCCUCUGAUGCCAAGCGACAAAAGCUGGCAACGGGCGAACACUCGGCCAAGCCAGUGGCGAAGGCUACCAUUGGGGCAUACACCAGUUCCGAAGCCCAAGCUGCCUACUCGCACCUUUCGGACUAUCACAAGAAGAAAGGGUGGGACUCUUCUGGUUGGUGGGCCCGAAAGGGAUGA